UUUCGUCUGUAGCGUUUGCGCCUAUCUUGAACGACGUACAUUACCGAGCAGGUGAUCUGCGGUGUCGUUCCGUAAAGAGAAGUACAAACUCGUCGGAAAAAUCUGAUGGUUUCCACAGAGUUUCCAUGCUGCCGUGUGCCCCUCUUCCCCACUCCCACCAAGCAAGUCGUCGACAAUAGCACGCAUCCCGCAAGCGAGUACCUGGUACAAAUGUACGACGUGCGACUCUUCGGCAACUUGUGGUACAUACCGGCUGUUUUAGUACAAGAACAGCCAACGGAUGAUAAAAAUGAAUGGAAAGUACACCCGCUCGUGUUGCAUCCAAAGAAGAACAGGCUGUGGGCAAUACAUCGCUGGCCCACUCAUGCUCUCCUGACAGUGCUUAUGCAAGCUUCGCUUUAAAUGCAUCCCUGGACAAUGUCCAGAGCACAUCAAGUGGGAUACCGCCCAUCUCGGAGCAAGUGUCUAGUCAACUGGAUGCACAAUCAGGGUGCUCUCAGGACAACCCAGUUUUGGACACUCAGAACAACUGCAGUGCUACCGAAAAAUGGCCUGGUGUCAGAAGGGUGGAUUUUUUAAGGGAACUGCAAGGGCUAACUCCUGCCUUGUCAUGCAUCCUCGCUCAUCUCUCUGGGCAGGAGCUUGGAACAGUCUGUCGAACAAGUGGUGCAUGGAGAUGUGCAUGUGCAACCGUGAAAGCUGCUACAAAGCGGUGGCGACAGUACAUCAGGGCACAGAGGGACGACUUCGAGACCAACAGGGAAAAUCUUCCAUCCAAGAAGAUCCAGAGAGAGAGGUCCGAGGACGUCUCUGUUCUGACGCCCUCAAACUCACUUUCCCCCCAUGAGCGAGCAACGAAAUCUGUCGCCCACGUCCCUAAAACACGGUUCCAAAUAUUUGUGGAGGAAGCAGCAAAUUUAGAAGAGGACGAAAUACAUCGACCAUGUCCCACUUGUGGCUAUCCAAGCAGAGUGUCCAGGAAAACGGGAGAAGGAGUGUGCAAGUCUGAAAUGUGUGGUCGCAAACUCUGUCCAGUUUAUUUGACAAAGGGAUGCAACGAUGUAAAGACAUUCAUAGGCAGCAAGACCUCCAGGAAGAGCCUACGCCGUUUGUGAUAGUGGUAUGCUUACCGUUGCUGGGUGGGCAUGGCACCUUGGCUGAUGGGUCAUACCCACCCCUGUACAUUUUGUAUAUAUUGUAUAUAAUUUUAUAUUUUUAUUUUUAACAGCAGGGUUUUAUACAUGUACAGCUGGUCUGUAGAUUGUAAAUAGAAACCUUCAUUAAACUGCAUUGUUCAAUGUC